AUGACUGACCACCCUCAGCCCUACACGAUCUCCGUUUCCGAUGACGUACUUGAAGAGCUCAAACAGCGUCUCACCUACGCACGAUACCCAAGCCAGUUCGAGUCGCCAGAUCAGGAUUCUUGGGACUUUGGUGUUCCAGUAGCGGAGGUGAAACGUCUGACAGCUUACUGGAAAGACGGAUUUGACUGGCGAAAAGCCGAAGCUCAGUUAAACGAGCUCCCGCAGUACCACACUGAAAUCGAGGUGGAAAAGUUUGGCUCAUUGGACAUUCACUUUGUUCAUCAGGUCAGUUCAGUGAAGAACGCCAUUCCUCUUCUAUUCAGUCACGGAUGGCCAGGAUCGUUUAUCGAAGUUUCCAAACUGCUACCGUUGCUAAAAGCAGGCGCCGAUCGACCGGCAUUUCACAUCGUAGCUCCCUCAUUGCCGAAUUUUGGCUUUUCUUCGGGCGUCACUCGUCGUGGCUUUGGUCUUGCUCAAUACGCCGAAGUCUUGCACAAACUUAUGGUCAAGCUUGGCUAUGACAAGUAUGUGACACAGGGCGGAGACUGGGGAUUCUGGGUUACUCGAAGCAUAGGCCUCUUGUACCCCGAGCAUUGCAAAGCUUCCCACGUUAAUAUGAUUGUUGCACGGCCACCACAGUGGGCCGAUAAUCCUUUACUGGCACUCCAGCACAUAUUUCAGCCAUACAACGUGCGUGAAAAAGCGGGCCGUGAAAGAUCCGACUGGUUUGAUCAUGAAGGCUACGGAUACAAUAUGCUCCAGAGCACCAAGCCGCAAACAGUCGGUGUCGCACUUGCCGAUAGCCCCGUUACACUGCUGGCCUGGAUCUAUGAGAAGCUGCAUGACUGGACAGAUUCGUACUCAUGGACCGAUGACGAGAUCCUAACCUGGGUGUCUAUCUAUUGGUUUUCGAAAGCAGGACCCGAGGCUAGUGUCCGCAUUUACUACGAGGCCCUCCAUGCCAAAACCCCCACGGAAAUUCCAUAUCAUAAGCUCCGGUCUUAUGUUCCCCAUGUAAAGCUUGGUCUAGUCCACCUCCCGCGGGAAAUCUCGGUUGUUCCCACUACAUGGGCUGCCACACUUGGACCGGUUGUUCGACAAAGUGAACAUGACCACGGAGGUCAUUUCGCGGCGUGGGAGGUACCCGAUGUGAUCGUGCAGGAUCUACAAGCAAUGUUCGAGAAAGGAGGCCCUUGUUUUGGGAUCAUUCCUGGCAAGAUGGGCUAUUAG